ACAUGUAACGCGCUGGAAAACUUCCUGCACUAGAAGAGAGUUCCAAAUAAAUAGACAGCAACUACUCGUGUAAUAAAUCCGGGGACGUCUUCAUAAAUGGAUUUAUGCUAUGAAACCUGAGUUAAGACUGAAGUCGAAAGGAGAAUUUAAAAAUGUCUUCAACUGCUGUUGUGCAGUAUGGUCGGCGAAAGGGCUCGCCAAGGAACUUUCGUGUACAGGAGCCAAAGAGGGAAACUAUGUCCCAUCCGGACCUUCGUCAAGUUACGAUCCUACCCAAGUCUGAGUGGCUUCGCAUUCAAGGUACUCUGAACCAAGCCAACAAAUACAACGAAAGCCUCAUAGAGGCUGCGAGGCAAAGAGAGGCGAUGCAUCUCCGCUCUAAAGAAGUCGUGAAGUUUUGGUCCAAUACAAUUGCUGGGCAGAGACAAAAAAAGCUGGAGGCCAAGAAGAUUCGAGAGGAGGUUGAGGAGGAGGAGAGGAAGAGACUGGACAUCGAAGAGUUCAAGUACCAGGCAGAGAAACGCAAAGACGCCAUUGAGAAAGCUAAAGCCCAGCAGUACUACCAAACUGACAGAGUCAAAGGAUUCCAUAGUGCCCUGCUGCUGACGGAGGUGCUGAAAGAGAGGGAGGCGCAGCUGGAGCUGAAGCGGCGCAUUCAGGACGCGUCUCGCGAGCAGGACAAGGAGGUGAUGGCGGCCCUGAGGCAGCGGGAGGAGCAGGCCCAGCUGAGGGACAUGGAGAAGAUGCAGAGGAAGAAACAGGACAGCCAGACCACCGCACAGCGCCUCAUGCAGCAGAUGGAGGAGCAUGAGCGUAAUAAGGAGCAGGAGCAGAGGGAGUAUAGGGAGCAGGGCGAGGAGCUGAAGCGCCUCAAGGAGCAGUUUGAUGAGGAGGUGGCCGCCCUGGAGAAGAAACAGCAGGAUGACAAGAGGAACAUGAUGAAGACGCACAAUGAGCACAUGGCGGACAGGGAGGUGUUCAAGGCAGUGGAGGCCCAGAAGCAGCAGGUGGAGGAGGAGAAGCGGCAGCUGUACUCUGAGGCCAAAGUCAAGAUCAGCAAGAUGAGGAAAGAGAAGCAGGCAGAGAGGAUGAGGGAAGCACAGAAGCUGAGGGACGAGACCAUCGCUCGCCUGGCGGCCCACCAGGAGGAGGUGAAGGUGAACGAGGAGGAGCUGAUCGCCCGGGCCAUCGAGGAGAAGGAGGCGCGGGAGGCGCGCCUCCUCAAGGACAAGGAGGAGAAGAAGAAGGCCAUGCUGCAGACCAUCGCUGCACAUCGCGACGCCGCGCGUCGAGAGCAGGCCGAGCGCUCGGUGCUGGAGCAUCACAGGGCCGUGGAGCUGCUGAGGGCCAAGAAGGAGGCGGACCGCGUGUUCCUGGAGAAGCAGCACCUCAAGGCCCAGCGCAUGAGGGAGGACAGCCAGGCCUUGCAGCAGACCUACGCAGAACAGCUGGCAGAGAAGCAGGGUCGGGAGCAGCGUCUGCGGCAGGAUCUGAAGGAGUUUGAGGUUUCCAACGGGCGCCUGGUGGCGGAGGAGGAGCGCCAGUUCCAGCAGUACGCUACCCAGGUGACGGCCGUGGCCAAGGAGGCGGGCCGCGACCCCAGCCUGCUGCGCAAGGCGGCCCGCGAGGGCAUCGGCGGGGGCCUGGGGCCCAUCUUCGGCGGGGUGCGGCCCAGCUACCUGGUGCAGGACGACACCGGGGUGCAGAUGCCCAGCUACGUGGGGCCGCUCACGCAGGACGUCCGAGAGAUGAACGAGGCCACCGAUAUUCAGAAGUCCAAAAGGAGGCUUGGGUUCACCUGGUGAUGGGAUGGCUUAGCCUACCGCACCGCACACCACCGCACCGCAUACUAAAGGAUUAUAGAGCUGGAGUUGGCUGGUGAUGAGAUUAUUAAAGUGGAAUAACUGUGAUAAAAUUUGUUUAAUAAAUGUUUCAUUAAUGUGAAAAAGUGUGAGUGAAAAAGGAAUUGUAUUUUCAAUGCACCUGUGCAGUAUAAACAUUGCCAGAAGUGGUGAAGAAUACCCCCAAAUCAACAAAUUAACAAUUUCUGAGUAAAAUCACUGGGUGAUAGCAGAACUUAAAAAUUUAAUUGUAAUAA